UCGACAACAGACGCUUGCAAAACGAACUCCGGUUUCCAGCAGAGCAAAAUGGGCAAAAAGAAAGACUCGUACACCGAAACUCAUCGGAGGCAUAAGAAACAUAAGAAACACAAGAAAUCGAAAACGCAAUUAGUGACGGAAAAUUACGACAUAGUGGAUGAAACCAUUGAGGUGGUGGAAGAGAUCGAAUACAUGGAAGCUGACCCGGAACCGGAAAUUAUCACCGAAUUAAGUAGCAGCGACUUGCAGCCGGCGGUAGAUGGGAGUGCCUCGCAGAUGGAGCUUUUAAGUGACUUCCAGCACGCUCUACCACAAAAAUCAACUUCACCGGUCAAGUCGAUGGCUGCAUUGGGAAAGGUACAGAAAAAGAAACGCACGAAGGGGCGCGACAGCGGCACGUCCAGCGAGGAAGAACGAUGGCUCGAUGCAAUCGAAUCUGGCAAACUGGAGGAGGUAGACGAUGAGUUGAAAAAGAUCAAACCCAAAGACCCGAAACUGAUGACGGCUCGACAACGGGCAAUGUACGAACGCAGCACGGACAAAGAUUCUUCCCCGGGAUCGGAGCUGCUUAUGUCACUGCCGACGGGGUACAAGGAAAAGGUAAUGACGGCUGAAGCAAUACAGAAAGCGCAGUUAAAAUCUCAGAAACGCAAGCAGAUGGCCGAUGAGAAGCGGGAGAAAGACAAGAAGAAAACCAUGGAACGUUUACUUAAAAAGCAAGACUCGAAAUCGGUAAAAGCAAUCAAGAACCGACCGAUUAAAGAAAAAGUACCUAUGAUAACGUACGUUGAUGGUGUCGACGGGGCCUCCAUUUCACUACCGCCGGGUGUAGCUUUUCCGCUUCGAACUCAAAUGCCUCGCGAACCCCCCAAACCCACGCUUUGCACCGUAUCCAACUGCUCCAACAUUAAGCGAUACAACUGUUCCAAAACGAAUGUACCACUGUGUAGUUUCGAAUGCUACAAAGCUCAUGUCGAUGCCAUUAAAAAAAUUAUUUGUUGAACCAAAGAUGAUUUUUAUUUAACUCGAAUGGUCUGCUAUUUUAGAAAUCCACCUGAAGAGAA